AUGGUGUAUCCGACUAUCCGCAUAUAUUUGCGUAUUAGUGGUAGUUUGAUCAAUGGGCAAAAGGCACUCGUGAAUGUCGUUGAUAUCAAACCUUUCUUUGAUUCCGUAGUACUUAGAAAGUCGCUUCUAUCUCCGUUUAAACUAGGAUACCAUACAGAAAAGCAGACAUAUAUACAUUUUAGUACAUGGAAUCACUUUGAUCGGUAUAAUGUAUUAAAGGCAGUUUAUGAAAUUGGUAUUUGUACAGCUUCUGACGAUCCAACUCCCCAAUAUUAUUAUCGCAAAGUGGCCUGUGAGAAAAGAUUGCCUCUGCGAUCACGAAAAACGGGUGAGGUGCCUAAUGCAAAGUACGAAGAAGACGUCGUGUUCAUGAUUUGUAUGACAGUUCAUUGGAAAGACGAUCCUGAACCGCCUGCCUUCACUGGAGAGGACUCUCGGACGGCUCUGUUCUUCCGGAGAGGACUUUUUGGACGGUUUUGGCAUCGUGAACACCUUUAG